CCUUCUUUCUCCUUUGCUCUGCUCCGCCGGGCGAACCCUGGGCGCUGCUCCCAAGCCUCUUGCCGAUCUCCGCCGCCGACUUCGCCGUUAAUCGAUGACUAUCAUGGCUCCGGCUCCUCUUGAUCAGGAGGAUGAUGAGAUGUUGGUUCCGCACUCAGAGUUCAACGAGGCGCCGCAGCCUAUGGAAGGUAACAUGGCACCAGCUGAGGCUGCAGUUACGGUAGAGAACCAGCAGGUGGAGGACCCCUCAACUUCUCGAUUCACAUGGACGAUUGAGAAUUUCUCACGACUGAAUGUGAAGAAACACUAUUCCGACAUUUUUGUGGUUGGAGGAUUUAAGUGGAGGGUGUUGAUAUUCCCAAAAGGAAACAAUGUUGACCAUUUGUCAAUGUAUCUGGAUGUUGCUGAUUCUGCAAGCUUGCCAUAUGGUUGGAGUAGAUAUGCACAAUUUAGUUUGGCCGUGAUCAAUCAAGUUCAUCAUAAAUUUAGUAUAAGAAAAGAAACACAACAUCAGUUUAAUGCACGAGAAAGUGAUUGGGGCUUCACAUCAUUUAUGCCUCUAAGUGAACUCUAUGACCCAACAAGAGGAUAUCUUGUGAAUGAUACCUGCGUAGUUGAAGCUGAGGUUGCUGUUCGCAGGGUGGUUGACUAUUGGAGUUAUGAUUCAAAAAAAGAGACUGGCUAUGUUGGUCUUAAGAAUCAAGGAGCUACUUGUUACAUGAAUUCCCUUCUUCAGACUUUGUACCACAUUCCUUAUUUUAGAAAGGCUGUGUAUCAUAUGCCUACAACAGAGAAUGAUAUGCCAUCUGGCAGUAUUCCCUUGGCUCUGCAGAGCCUAUUCUAUAAGCUUCAGUAUAGUGAGAACAGUGUGGCCACAAAAGAGCUGACCAAAUCUUUUGGAUGGGAUACAUAUGAUUCUUUUAUGCAACAUGAUGUGCAAGAACUGAAUCGAGUUCUUUGUGAGAAGCUGGAGGAUAAGAUGAAGGGAACCGUUGUGGAAGGAACAAUACAGCAAUUAUUUGAAGGCCAUCAUAUGAAUUACAUUAAUUGCAUUAAUGUUGACUAUAAAUCCAAUAGGAAGGAGUCAUUUUAUGACCUUCAACUAGAUGUGAAAGGUUGUCGGGAUGUUUAUGCUUCUUUUGAUAAAUACGUUGAAGUUGAGCAGCUUGAAGGAGAUAACAAGUAUCAUGCUGAACAAUAUGGUCUGCAGGAUGCUAAGAAAGGCGUCUUGUUCAUUGAUUUCCCUCCAGUACUACAGCUUCAGUUGAAGCGUUUUGAAUAUGAUUUCAUGCGGGAUACAAUGGUGAAGAUAAAUGAUCAUUAUGAGUUCCCACUACAGCUCGACCUUGACAGGGAGAAUGGAAAAUAUCUAUCUCCUGAUGCAGACAAGAGUGUCCGCAACCUUUACACUCUUCAUAGUGUUCUUGUUCAUAGUGGUGGAGUGCAUGGUGGACAUUAUUAUGCUUUCAUCCGCCCUACACUUUCUGAUCAGUGGUAUAAAUUUGAUGAUGAGAGAGUAACAAAAGAAGACCUGAAGAGGGCCUUGGAGGAGCAGUAUGGUGGUGAAGAAGAAUUACCUCAAACAAAUCCUGGCUUCAAUAACACCCCAUUCAAGUUCACAAAAUACUCAAAUGCAUAUAUGCUGGUAUAUAUUCGUGAGAGUGACAAGGAGAAAGUAAUAUGUAAUGUGGAUGAGAAAGAUAUUGCUGAACACCUUAGGAUACGGUUAAAGAGAGAGCAAGAAGAGAAAGAGCAUAAGAAGAAGGAGAAAGCGGAGGCACAUCUUUAUACCAUCAUAAAGGUUGCUAGAAAUGAGGAUUUGACACAACAGAUCGGAAAGGAUAUUUAUUUUGAUCUGGUGGACCAUGAUAAAGUCCGCAGUUUUCGCAUACAGAAGCAGUUACCCUUCAACAUUUUUAAGGAGGAAGUAGCCAAAGAAUUUGGAGUUCCAGUGCAAUGCCAGCGAUUUUGGCUAUGGGCAAAGCGGCAAAAUCACACAUACCGUCCCAAUAGGCCUUUGAGUCCUCAAGAAGAAUGCCAAUCUGUUGGACAGUUGAGAGAGGUCUCAAACAAGGCACACAAUGCAGAGCUAAAGUUAUUUCUUGAAGUAGAACUUGGACCGAAUUUAGCCCCUAUCCCUCCACCUGAUAAGACGAAGGAAGAUAUAUUGAUUUUCUUCAAGUUUUACGAUCCUGAAAAAGAAGAGCUCAGAUUUGUGGGAAGACUCUUUGUGAAAGCAUUAGGAAAGCCGACUGAGAUUUUUGAGCGAAAAUUAAAUGAAAUGGCUGGGUUCCCUCCAAAUGAGGAAAUUGAACUCUAUGAGGAAAUAAAGUUUGAGCCAACAGUUAUGUGUGAACAUAUUGACACGAAGCUUACAUUUCGAUCCAGUCAGCUUGAGGAUGGUGACAUUAUUUGCUAUCAAAAAUCACUAGAGAAUGAUGGCAAGUAUCGGUAUCCUGAUGUUCCUUCUUUCUUGGAGUAUGUUCAUAAUAGACAGGUUGUUCAUUUUCGAUUGUUAGAAAAACCGAAGGAGGAUGAUUUUUGCUUAGAACUCUCAAAGCUUUAUACUUAUGAUGAUGUCGUGGAAAAAGUUGCUCAGCGCCUUGGGCUGGAUGAUCCAUCAAAAAUCCGGCUUACAUCUCACAACUGCUAUUCGCAGCAGCCUAAACCUCAACCUAUAAAAUAUCGUGGUGUGGAACAUCUUUCUGAUAUGCUGGUCCAUUACAACCAGACUUCAGACAUAUUGUAUUAUGAAAUUUUGGAUAUUCCACUUCCAGAACUGCAGAGGUUGAAGACUCUCAAAGUAGCAUUUCAUCAUGCCACAAAAGAUGAGGUGGUAAUUCACACUAUUCGAUUACCAAAAAACAGCACUGUGGGUGAUGUGAUAAAUGAUCUUAAAACAAAGGUUGAAUUGUCUCGUCCUGAUGCUGAAAUUCGCUUGCUCGAGGUUUUCUAUCACAAGAUAUAUAAGAUCUUCAUACCUAGUGAAAAAAUAGAAAACAUUAAUGACCAAUACUGGACACUACGUGCAGAGGAGAUUCCUGAGGAAGAAAAGAAUCUUGGUCCUCAAGAUCGAUUGAUUCAUGUCUAUCAUUUUACAAAAGAUGCUGGUCCAAACCAGGCACAAGUUCAGAACUUUGGGGAGCCUUUUUUCCUGCCCAUCCGUGAAGGUGAAACUUUGGCUGAGGUGAAAGUCCGUAUCCAGAGGAAACUUCAGGUUCCAGAUGAGGAGUUCUCUAAGUGGAAAUUUGCAUUUCUAUCACUGGGCCGUCCCGAGUACCUUCAGGACACUGACAUUGUGUCGGGUCGAUUCCAGAGAAGAGAUGUUUAUGGAGCCUGGGAACAAUAUCUUGGCUUGGAGCACUCCGACACUGCUCCUAAAAGGUCAUACACAGUAAAUCAGAACCGUCACACAUUCGAAAAGCCUGUGAGAAUCUACAACUAAGGAUUAGCCAAACUUUCUCACUGCUUGACCUGAACCAAGUGCUAUCUCACCUCCAGACAUGUACAAAAUUGAAUGUUUCUAAUCAGAGAUUUGGUAUGAAAAAAGAUGCUUCGGUGUGGGUUGGCAGAGGUCACUGAUACUGUUUUUGCCUUCUUGUAAAUUGGUUGCAGUGACAAUUAGGAGGAUAUCUGUAUAUGUUUCAUUGUGCUGAACGUGACGCGAUCCUUUCAGGAACCUUUCUUUUACAUCUCAAGCUGAUUUCCGAGUGAGAGAGUUGGUUUUCUUCACUUCCCAUGUAAUCUUAGUACAUACUACAUAAGAAUUUUGGGUAAGGGAUGUAUACAGGGUAUAGUUUGUGUCCGGCCCGCCCUUUUGUUUUUGGUUAUGGGAGGUACUAUUCUCAUUUAGGUUUCUUUUUCUGGUAUUUGGGGAAGGAGGAUGUACACUGUGGCAAUUGGUCAUCACUAGUUUGAAGUUUGUUAUGCUCUUGUAAAGAAACAUAUCCGCAGGAUGUUCUAGUGGCACAGUUGUCUUUUCUCUCAUGAUUUAUUAAGUGAUGAACUGCUUGUCUAUUUCAAAAUCAUAUUUGAAAUAAUAGAAUCAUGGUUUUUGAGCA